AUUAGUUUGAAGUAUUAAUUAAAAUAGUUUUAAUUAGUUGCAUUAGUUUUGUAUCCAUUAUUAUAUUGGUUGUCAAUUAAUAUUUGUUACAUUUUUAACAUGGAAGGGGGUAGAUAUUCGGUUGAUUUGGGUAACCUCCAACGCAAUCGGAGGAACGAGAUUGGGAGGAAGAAAUCCCGCAAAGGUAAAGAACUUGCCGGUUCUUCAUCUCAAAGCCGAGAUGAUUUUGAAACGGGUUACCAAAGGCGAGAUGGAGAUGCGAUGUCCGAAGAACAACUCCAACAAGAAUUGGCCCGACAUAAUAACCGCUUUCUACAACAACAACAAAUGCCGACGACCAUUGACGAAGAGGAGCUUGAGGAUGAAGAUGCGGAGGAAUUGGAACCGGAGACGGCCGAGGAGGAGGGUGCCGGCAGCCACGACGCCGACGCGCCUGCCUCAUCCCAAACCGCCACCGGUAAUAAAAAAAGUAAGUCUGAACUAAUGAAAAAUAAUUUUGAUAAAUGGAAGGACCCACAAACCGGCUAUUGGCACGCAACUUGCAAGUGGUGCAACAACAAUUAUAGUUUGGGAACCUCCGGCGGAUACGGAUCCGCCGCAAGGCAUCUUAAGGCAAAGCACCCCGUGGAGUAUGCAAAAUUAGGCGGCGGAACGGGGAAGCAAACUCAAAUAUCGAGAAAAUGAUGACUUUGACGUUCUAGACUGGUGGAAGUCAAAAGAAAGAACGUUCCCGAUUUUAGCACGGAUGGCUAAGCAAGUACUAUCAAUGCCGGUUUCAACAGUUGCUGUGGAACAAGAAUUUAGUUCGGCCGGCAACGUCCUAACGGCAUCUAGAUCGAGAUUGAGCGCGGAGUCUCUUGAGACGCUUAUAUGCUACCACGAUUGGUUGAAGGCCGCACAUAGAACUCAAGAAUUGAGCAUCACCCCCUCCC